AUGAGUUCUCAUCCUUCUCUAUCUACUACUAAGGCUACCAGUUCUGAGACUAUCACUAGUUUUGCUAGUACAAGUACUACUGCUAGCACUAGUGCUACUGUUCCUAUCACAACCACUCCUUUCCCAGCAAGUACUCUUGAUGUUAUAACUAGUGCUACUGUUCCUGAUACAACUACUCCUUCGUCUACAAGUACUAUAUCCAGCACUAGUGCUACUGUUCCUAUCACAACCACUCCUUUCCCAACAAGUACUACUGAUGUUACAACCAGUACUGCUGUUCCUGAUACAACUACUCCUUCGCCUGCAAGUACUACAUCCAGCACUAGUGCUACUGUUCCUAUCACAACUACUCCUUUCCCAGCAAGUACUAUUGAUGUUAUAACCAGUACUGCUGUUCCUGAUACAACUACUUCUUCCUCUACAAGUACUAAUACUUCUACUGAUGUUAGUACUAGUACUACUAUUUCUAAUAUAACUACUCCUUUUCCAACAAAUAAUACUAAUGUCAACACUAGUACUAAUGUUUCUUUUAUAACCACUUCCUCUCAUGACAUCGUUAUCCUGUUUGUACUCUUAGGUCCUGGUGACGUGUACUAUGAACUUCCCCCGCAAGCACUCCGCAGGCACUCCAGCAUCACCUUCUGCAAACACAUGUGCCUAGCUGUCUGA